CCUUCAGAGGAAACCCUUCAUUCUGCGAGGGGUAUAAAAGGGCCCGCCCCGCCCUCAGCAUCCAUCCGUUGCCCGCUCUCCUCCGCUAGCACACGCAGCAGUAGCAGCCGCCGCCACCACAACCACCACCAUGAAGCUCGUCAUCCUCGCCUGCCUGGCCGCCGUCGCCCUCGCCGCCCCCCAGGACUUCCCCGCUGAUGUCAUUGAGAUCGUGAGGGACGAGCGUGUUGACAAUGGCGACGGUAACUUCAACUACCUGUUCGAGACUGCGAACGGAAUCGCCACCAACGUGCAGGGCGCCCCCGGCUCCGUGGGCCAGAGCAACAUGCAGGGAAGCUACAGGUACACCCUUGAUGACGGCUCCGUCGUCGAGGUCACUCUCACCGCUGACGAGAACGGCUACCGCGCUGACUCCCCCAUCAUCCCCGCUGCCCCGCCCGUCGCCGAGCUUCUCCGCAUCGCCGAGCAGCAGCGCGCCGAGGGCAUCACCUUCGACGAACAAGGCAGGAGAUUGUAAAUGACUGUGCUAGAUGACGAGCACGAGACCUCGCGGCUGAGGCUCCUCGUGUGUGCAGCAACGAAAGCUCAAGGAACAUCCUAAGAAAUCUGAACACCAACACGCAAACACUCACACAGACACGCAUUCACGACGCAGACACGAUAAGGACUGAUCGCAGGCUCUAUGAGGUCCCUGAGUCUGUCCUUUGUAUUUAGUCAAAGAUAUACUUGUUAAUAAAAGAUGCGAAGAUGA